UAUUCUCCAUUAUUACAUUUAGUUCAAGCUAGUUUAAAUUUAGAAAACAAAAACAAAACUAACUAGGAGUAAAGUUUAGAUUCAAAACAAAAACAAAACCAACCAGAGUAAAUUUUAGAUUUCAACUUCAUAAACUUAGCAUCAAUGUCGCUUCAAUUUCAACCACACUCACUACAACCUUUCAAUUUCACCAAAAUACACCCCCAUUCAUCUUCACGCACCCCAUUCUCCAUCCGUGUCAGCACCUCAACCACCUCACCACUGCCGUCAAUCUCCCUCCACUCUUCACCCAAUUCACCAUCCCUUUUCACAACCACACCGCCGCCCGAAAUCGCAGAGUUUCGACCCACCCCUGAAUUGGGACUUCUCUCUCACUUGUUCGUAUUCUCCAUGGUUUUCGGUGCAUUUUUCUCAGUAGCUUUAAUUUCCAUUCCAACCCUAAUUGCUUUUGGAAAAUUAGGAGAUUCAGUAAAGAAAUUGUCAAAGGUUUAUUCUGAAGAGGUACCUGGAACUUUAUGUUCUCUCAAGCUUUCUAGUUUGGAGCUCAAUGAUUUGACCCAACGAUUAACCACUAUAAGGCAUAAAGUUUCUGGUUUUUCCAUUGGAAAGGAGAAUGGAAGCAGUAUCAGAUCAAGAUCCUUUAGCAAGAACUCAGCUUCCUAAAAUUGCGUAGGUUUGGAACUGCCUUUGCAAAACAGUGAGAAAGUUUGCUAUAUGAAGAUCCUAUGUUGAUCGUGAGGGGUGUUAGGAACCCAAAAAUAAUAGGGAAAAUGAGAUUGUAUUAUAGAUUGAAAAAGGAAAAUAUCAUAGAAGAUAAAUCCCUGUAAUCCAGAAAAAAAAAAUAGGGAACUAAGUGUUGGCUCAUUUGAGUUUUUGGAUUUAGCUAACAUGUGGUAUGGACCAUUUUAUGGACCAUGAUUGCUUCCAAUCAGAUUUUCCUUAGUUACGCAAUUAGAACAACUGUGAUUCUUGGAUUGAUAUUGGAUGGUUAAAAUUUGCUAUUUUUCAUUUUAAAAAAAGAAAAAAAUUAUAUCUAAAGUUGGACUGUCCAAUCACGAUUCAAUGACUACGGUUGUCCUGAAUGCGUGACUGCGGAAAAAUAUUAUUGCAGGCAAUCCGCAUUGCCAUUUUUUGCAAUAGAUAUUAUAUUUAUAUGUUGAUUAAGUCUAGUGUGUUUAUCCAUGUCAAAUCUCGUAAGAGGUUGUAAAAUGAUCAAUAGUGUCACAAUUCUUAAUAAUAGUUAGAAAAAAAAUUCCACUCUUCCUUCCCAUAAA